CCUAUAUGAAGGCCCAAAAUUGUGUGUUCCUUUCUGCUCUGACAAUGGCAUGCCCAUUCGUGCGAGAUGUUGUGGAUGAAGAAGCACUUGUGCUGAGGAGAGCCUUCAGGCGAGAAAGGGUCUUCAGGGACCGGUUGGACCCACUGGCCUUCCCUGAUGACCAUCUAUAUGAAAGAUACAGGUUUUCUGCAGAUGGCAUCAGGUAUCUAUGCAGACUACUGGGUCCCAGGAUUAAGCACCGCACUGCACGGAGCCAUGCACUGAGUGUGGAGCAAAUGGUUUGUGUGGCCUUGCGCUUUUUUGCUAGUGGAGCCUUCCUGUACUCAGUGGGGGAUGCAGAACAGCUGAACAAGGCCACAAUUUGCCGCACAAUAAGGAGUGUGUGUCUGGCUAUCAAAGCAUUAGCAGAUGUCUUCAUCUCCUUCCCUGGCCACAGAAGACUCUGUGACAUCAAAGAGGAGUUCUAUAGGAUUGCAGAUGGUCUGCAAUGCUGACUGUGUGAUCAGCAAUGUUGUGGCAAAAUGGCCUGGCUCAGUCCAUGACUCCAGAAUCUUUCGGGCCUCUGAAAUCUAUCAGUGCCUAUCACAAGGUGAAUUCUCUGGUGUGUUGCUGGGAGACAGGGGGUAUGGCUGCCAGCCUUUUCUCCUGACACCUUUCACAGACCCCCAGGAAGCACAGCAGGCCUACAACCAUGCCCAUGCCAGGACCAGGGCCAGAGUUGAAAUGACCUUUGGCCUCCUGAAGGCACGCUUUCACUGCCUUCACAAAUUAAGGGUCAGCCCUGUUAGGGCAUGUGAUAUUACUGUGGCUUGUGCUGUCCUCCACAAUGUGGCCUGCCUGAGGAAGGAGAGGGCCCCCAGAGUGCCACCAGCCAUGGACUGGGACAAUCCGGCAAUCUUCCCUGAUGACGACAGUGGUCGGCUGCUGAGGGACCAAUAUGUGUUGAAUUAUUUUAGUUAGUAUGUGUGCUUUCAAUUUUGGUUAAAUAUGUCCUGCGGUGGCAGAGGAAUUUGGGUUUUUUUGGGUUCGUUUUUUGACGAAUUUGGCCUCUUAUGAUGUUUGUGCGGUAUACUGUGUGUAAUACAAGGCUGCAGGGAGGCUACUGCAUCCAUUCAUUUGUCUGUUCAGUUGAUGUGUAUGGAUUUGUCCUGCAUUUAUUUUAGUGUGCAGACAUGCAGGGUGUGUUAUAUACAGACCUUUGAAUGUGUAUGUAUCAUUUUGUAUAAUAUGCUUGGAUUCUGUGCUUUCCAUCUUGUAGAGUCACUGUGACUUCAGUUUCGAAAGGAGCUGAUGGUUUACCUGCUUUGUUUUGUCCUUAUUCAAUAAAGGAACAUAAUGUUACACAUUGUGUUUUUAUAUUCAUAU